CGUGAAAUUCGAUUGCCUUCCAAAAUUCAAAUACAGUUGUAGACUUGUUGUCGACGCUUGUUGAAUGUAAAUAUGUCGAAGGAUAAAUAGCGCACGCUUUGAACUUAUAAUCGCAUAACGUCAUUUCAGUACCGCAGUAUAGUAUAAACCAUGGCUACCGUUGAGAAUCAGUCUAUUGUCAGCAAAGUACAUGCCCUUCCGGCCGUAAACUCUGUGACGGCCAUUAGCCUGUCGUACUACAAUCGAGUGAAGGAGUACAAUAACUACACCACAGGUGCCGCCACUUUUUUGGAACGCGUAUUGAAUCGGGCUUACGAGAUUGUCGCACCGCUCCUUCAAAGUGAACGCAUUCAACAUGUCGACAAAGUGCUGGGAUCUUAUUUCGACAACUUUGUUGCAAGUCACCCACACACACAGGACUCGUUAGAGUCGUUAACUGACAAUGCUAAGACUACGAUCCAUAAUGCAACAGACCAGCUUGGACAUGCCAAAGACGAUGCUAUGUCUGCCGCAGCUCACAAGAAGGACGACAUCAUGCAUGCCAUCGAGGACGCCGAGGAUAUGAUGUUGAAGAAGAAAGACGAACUGGUGCACAAACUCAGUCCGCAAAUGGAACGCCGUGGCACCACGUUCGAUCUAAAGGGAGAAGAUGACAAUUAAGAGAAUGUGCCAUACUUCAGGUACAUUGAAUAACUACGCAUAUUUUUUAUGAUACUAUAAAUAUAAUAAUAAAUUGGAGACGGCAACUCGGGAAGUUCAAAUAUUUUGGAAUACGUACAGCUGGUUAUCAGGUCACAUAAGUGUAGUGAACAGGGUCGUGCACACGUCAGGUAGUGGUUGAGGGCAGAUUGUGUCCGUCCUGAGCGAAUGGCCGGUCCAAAUGAAUAUACUUUUCACCAACUAGUGCAUCCUACUCUUUCGAAGUAUAAACGUUAGCGUGUAUGGCUACGCACAACUUAAUUUUUAAGAAUAAAAUAAAGUUGAUACAAUUCUA